UCCCACAUAUAUCAAAAAUAAAAUUGUUUUAUUGAUGUGAGCAAGGUUAUGGGAAUGUAAUCUCUGUUUUUUGGAGUAUAUUUAAAUAAAGUAAUUUUUAAUGUUUUUGGCAGCAUGCGUUUAAUACUAAAGGGGGUGUCGUUUUAAGGAGAGAGAAUAGUGCUCAUAUUACAUGUGCUUGUAGGAUCUAACAAUUGGGCUGAAGCUGAACACAUAAAAAACACAAGCCAAACCAGAAACAGCCAAAGGGCCUCCUUCCUCCUCCUUCCUUUUUGAGGAAUUUCAAGAUCAAUUUCACAGCAAUUGAAGAUCAUUACUUUCAUAUUCAAUCUUUUUCCCCGGAAAUCAAACUUAAUCAUUCACCAGUUGGGAGAAGGACAAGUGAAUUUGUUGCUGUGGAUUGGGAAAGUGUUGGAUUCUAAAAAUGGAAGGAGACACAUUUUCAGGGCUAGGAAAUGGUACACAGGUAGACAGUAAGGUAUUACAGACAUUUCAGAAGAGUUUUGUGCAAGUUCAGAGCAUAUUGGAUCAGAACAGAUUGCUAAUCAAUGAGAUCAACCAAAAUCAUGAGUCAAGGAUUCCUGAUAACCUUUCCAGGAAUGUGGGCCUAAUAAGGGAGCUUAACAAUAAUAUAAGGAGGGUUGUUGACCUUUAUUCUGAUCUUUCUCAUUCCCUAACUAGAUCCAUGGAAGCUUCAUCGGAAGGUGAUUCCAGCGGUGUUCUAAAAUCCGACGCCAAAGCUACUCACAAGAGAAAUCGGCCUGGUUAGCUCGCUCCUCGAAUCAACUCGACUUUGUCAUUAUUAGAUGUUUUUAAUUCUUUAUCUUUGGUGGGCAUUGAGCUAAAUGCAUAUAUCUAUAUAGUAUGUAUGUGCAUUGAGGUAGAGGAAAAUGAUUUAGAGUUUUUCUGUAACUCUUCUUGUAUCCGGAUACUUCUUUCUGAUAGUUACCUCCCCUCUUUUUUCUGAUGAACAAAAAAUGAUUAAAAAAAAAAAAUCUCAUAAAUAACUCUUCAUAGUCUCAAUGGAUUUGUAACUUCUUUGUUACUCUGAAUCCAGUUGAAAAUCAAUCAUGCUUCUUAAUUUCAGCCCUCAAGAUAAUUUUUCUUC